AUGGCCUCCAUCACAUGCCAUCGUCAUCUUUCUCCCGGCCCAGGUGGCUAUGACCACUAUGUUAACCAUAAUAAUGGUACCCCUCCGCUUCAUUUAGCUGCAUCGACCCUUGCAGCUACUAGUUCUACUCCACUCUACUCCAAUCCGGACCAACACUCGUAUCCUACACCCACAUCCCUGGCAGUGGCAGUGCCAGUGCCGUCUCUCGAUAUCCCGUCGGAUACUAGUACUUCCUCUGGCGCUGUAUCUGAUCAACCUCACCCUUGCCACUCCUUCGACCUUGCUGGUGGCGUAUAUAUACUUUCUGAAUCUGAAACCACAACGCCGGGCAGACAAAAUACUUCCAAACCUGCAAACGGCGGCAUGGUCGAGUCUCCCUCAUCACCUCCACCCUCAUCCUCGCCCGAUAAGCUGCGAACGCCGAAACGGAAACGAACUGUCUCUCCAACUGCUUCGUCCACAAAAUCUCCCGGCGAGAUCCGUUCAACUUCACGCAGUACACGGCGCUCUGGAGGGGGAAGUAUAAAUGGCCAUACCCAUAGUCGCCAAAGCUCGCUUCACUCCCAUCGCCGGACAAAUACCGUCACUUCACUCACACCAUCUGUCCCGGACUCACCAAUUAGGCGGGAGAACCUCCUAGCCCUGCACCGCGAAUCCUGUCGCCUCUUCCAGGACAACGGCCUUGCCACUGCCACCGUCACCCGCCAGUCGUCUAUCUCUUCCUCACCACCACUCUCUCCCCGUCCAGCAAGAACAUACUCCAAUCUUAGCUCUCCACCCGUUACACCAAUACUCGAAAGCCACCCUUCACCGGCCCUCCGCCCCUCGUACUCCAGCUCGCAUUCGAAAGACGUCGCUAUCGAGCGCGUCGAAGUCAACCUUUCCACCACCGAAACAAAACCCACUGUAAUCGAAUGGACGUCCCCCUCCACCCGCCGCCGCGAGUACGAAAAGAUCGACCGCGCCAGCAGCGGCGUUCGUGGACUCUGGCGAAGAGUCGCACCCCGGUGGUGCCAGUUCGGCGAUAAGCGAGUGCCAUUCUUCGAAGAGGGCAAAGACGGCAAGGCAAAUUAUGAAGGGAGCGUCCGCAGGUUCCGGAUGGAUCUCCCCGAUGAGCCUGCUGAGUGCCGGAGGCGUGGGACUGGACUGAAGAUAAAGCCGAGGCUCGUUGUGCAGAUCCAGAGCAAGAGCAAAAGCAGGAGCAGGAGCAAAACGAACUCCAGCUGGUUAUGA